CAGCUGGCCGGCUGCAUCGUCAUCCGUGUCCGCCGCCGCGUGUGUGGGAACGUCGCGCUGUCCCGAGUUCCCACGGGCCGCGCGCCUAUAUAACGCCCCACCCGGCGCCCGGCUCACCGCAUUCCAACACUGUACGCCGUCUCGUGAACGUCUCUCGCGCCGUCACCGUUCAGUGUUGCACACGCAUUACCGUCGUACGCGCGUCGUCGUAACCACCAACCGUCUUGUUCUGUGCGCCCAUCGGGUCAUUUAUCCCACUCGCACGUUUAUUAUUUUUUUUUUUUUUCGGAUUUCGUCCGAAAAACAAAUCGCAUUACUACUACGACUGUCAACGACUGCUGCGGAUAUCAUGUCUUCCGUCGCUACCGAAAUGCAACAACCAGUCUCCAGGACUUACCAAUACAGAAAGGUCAUGAAACCAAUGUUGGAACGCAAACGCCGCGCUCGCAUCAACCGGUGCCUGGACGAGCUCAAGGAGCUGAUGGUGGUCGCGCUGCAGUCCGAGGGUGAGAACGUGAGCAAACUGGAAAAGGCUGACAUACUGGAGUUGACAGUGCGCCACUUGCACAAGCUUCGCCGGCAACAGCGACUAUCCGGCAACCCGGUGACCGAGAUGGACCGGUUCCGGGCCGGUUACACGCGCUGCGCGUCCGAGGUAUCCCGAUGUCUGGCCGCCACGCCCGGUUUGGACGUCACGUUGGGUGCGAAUCUCAUGACCCACCUCGGCCACCGGCUCAACUCGAUCCAACCGGCCGGAACGGACCAGGCCAUCUCGUCGUCGCCGUCCGCAGCCCCCUCGGCCACCCGAUCGCCGACCGCCCCGCUCUCGCUCAACACCGACUCUUCCGCGUCGUCGUCGUCGUUCUCAUCAUCUUCCUCGUCGUCGUCGUCUUCCUGUUCUUCGCCGCCACCGCCAUCACCGUCCGGUAGCACUUUGUCAUCCUACCCGAUGCCGCUGACCCCCAGCUCGAUGGUCAGCCAAGGUUGCGCCGCCUCCGCUCGUACCGGUCUCCUGCAAGUUGUCGACAUGUCUCUGAAGAUGGACACCGCGGCCGACCAAUCCGUGUGGAGGCCCUGGUAGAUCUACCGCCUCGCACCGCUCUCUCUCCCCAUAUCUCCCUAUAUGUUGUGCACACAACGCUCUCAAUACCCAAAAUAUUACCAAUAUGUUAUAAAAUAAUUUUUUUGCGAUUUUUGUUAUUCUUUGUAUUGUUUUAUUUUUAUUUUUUUUUUUUUUUGGAUAUUACAAUUAUAAUUGAUGUCGAGACGAACAGGGUUUUUCCAAAACUGUAAACGCUUAAAGAUGAAUUUCCAUCGUAUAAAGCAGAUUAUAUACAAAUGUUUUUCAUAUUUUAAGACAUUUUCUUAUUCGCACGCAAUAAUUUUUAUAAAUAUGUUUGAUAAUUUUUAAUUUCAAAUGGUCCUGUUAUACCAUGAUAUUAAAAAUGGACUAGAACCAUGAAUUUAUAUGUGUAAAAAUUAUAAUUUGUUCUUAAAUAAUAUGUAGUCUUCCUACCUCUUGUUAUUUAAAUAUGUAUUAUGUGUACGUAACGUAAUGUUAUUUAUCGUUUUGUCUUGUUACAAAACACUGCACAUAGGCUGUGAUAAUAUAAUAAUAUAUAUUUUAAUUAUUAUUUACAUAA